CCCCUACUUAGCCUCCGGGAGUCAGCAGCAGCAAGGAGGGGUGACGGGGCGGAAAACAACCGGCGGCACUGCGCCUUUAAUCAGUCCUCCUCCGGCUCAUCCACCGUGUUGCACUUCUCUUCUCUUCCCCAUUUCGCUGCUUUGUUUCAUCAUUGUCGCUCCCUUAUUUUAUUAUUUUCUUCCUUUAUUUGUUUGAAUCAUGGCUGCUCACGCUACCGAAGAACCGUUCCCGUUUCACGGACUCCUGCCCAAGAAAGAAACCGGCGCUGUCUCUUACCUCACCAGGUUCCCCGACUACGAUGGGCGAGGAGUGCUCAUCGCCAUCCUCGACACCGGCGUGGAUCCGGGGGCCCCCGGCAUGCAGGUCACAACCGAAGGGAAGCCAAAGAUCGUGGACAUUAUCGAUACAACAGGAAGCGGCGACGUGAACAUGACCACAGUGGUAGAACCCAAAGACGGGACAAUCRGCGGUCUCUCAGGCAGAACGCUUAAGAUCUCUCCUGCCUGGGUCAAUCCAUCAGGGAAGUAUCACAUCGGAGUUAAAAAUGGCUACGACUUCUUCCCAAAGGCUCUUAAGGAAAGAAUACAGAAAGAGCGAAAAGAGAAGCUGUGGGACCCACCGCACAGAGCUGCCCUCGCCGAGGUUUGUCGCAAGACGGAAGAGUUUGACCUCGCUCAUCCGACGCCCUUACAGAUGGAGAAGCUGCAGAAAGAAGAGCUGCAGUGUCAGUCAGAGCUGCUGGCGUCGCUGGAAAAGAAGUACAGCGAUCCUGGUCCGGUGUUUGACUGUGUGCUUUGGCAUGAUGGCACCUCGUGGAAGGCUGUAGUGGACACAUCAGAGUGUGGAGAGCUGUCCCAGUGCUCUGUGCUGAGCUCAUACAGAGAAAAGCAAGAAUACGCGACGUUGGGAAAUGCCGAGAUGCUCAACUACUCUGUGAACAUAUACGAUGAAGGGAACACGCUCUGCAUCGUUACCAGUGGAGGGGCUCACGGGACUCACGUGGCGAGCAUCGCAGCGGGGUACUUCCCAGAGGAGCCAGAACGUAACGGCGUGGCUCCUGGCGCUCAGAUUCUGGCCCUGAAGAUCGGAGACACUCGCCUCAGCACCAUGGAAACGGGCACGGGACUUAUCCGCGCGAUGAUUGAAGUCAUCAACUACAAGUGUGACCUGGUUAAUUAUAGCUAYGGGGAAGCCACUCACUGGCCUAAUUCAGGGAGGAUCUGCGAGGUGAUCACGGAGGCCGUGCAGAAGCACAACGUGAUUUUUGUGUCGAGCGCGGGAAACAACGGCCCCUGCCUUUCCACCGUCGGCUGCCCGGGAGGAACCACCAGCAGCGUCAUCGGUGUCGGAGCGUACGUGACCCCAGACAUGAUGGUGGCCGAGUACUCCCUGAGGGAGAAGCUGCCCCCUAACCAGUACACGUGGUCGUCCAGGGGCCCGAGCACCGACGGGGCCCUGGGGGUCAGCAUCAGCGCCCCCGGCGGCGCCAUCGCCUCCGUGCCCAACUGGACCCUCCGCGGCACCCAGCUGAUGAACGGGACGUCCAUGUCGUCUCCCAAYGCCUGCGGGGGCAUCGCGCUCGUCCUCUCAGGUCUGAAGCAKAACGGGAUCCGUCCCUCUGCUCCUGCUGUAAGGAGAGCGCUGGAAAACACGGCUCUGAAGGUCGACGACAUCGAGGUGUUCGCACAGGGUCACGGGAUAAUCCAGGUGGACAAGGCAUUAGACUACCUCACUCAGCACGCCUCUUUACCCACAAGCCACUUGGGCUUUUCUGUAAGUGUGGGAUCCCAAAGAGGCAUCUACCUCAGACACCCGGCCCAAGUCCUCACCCCUUCAGAUCACGGAGUAGGAAUUGAGCCCAUCUUCCCAGAAAACACAGAAAACUCCGAGCGAAUUUCCUUGCAGCUACAUUUGUCGCUGACCUGCGCCGCCUCGUGGGUCCAGUGUCCGUCCCAUUUAGAGCUGAUGAACCAAUGCCGUCACGUCAACGUCCGCAUCGAUCCGGCGGGUCUGAGAGAAGGAGUUCACUACACCGAGUUGUGUGGAUACGAUACGGCUGCUCCAAGCUGUGGCCCGCUGUUCCGAGUCCCGAUCACCGUUAUUAUCCCUCAGAAAGUAACAGAAGGUCGCGAUCAAGAGGUGAGAUUCACAGACGUCCACUUCAGACCAGGACAGAUCAGACGCCACUUCAUCACAGUUCCUCAGGGGGCCUCCUGGGCAGAGAUCACUCUGACUUCUCAUUCAGGCGAUGUGUCRUCAAAGUUUGUUCUUCACGCGGUGCACCUGGUCAAACAGAGAGCCUACAGAGCCAAUGAGUUCUACAAGUUCUCCUCGUUGUUAGAAAAAGGUUCUCUGACCGAGGCGUUCCCUGUUCUGGCUGGUAAAGUAGUAGAGUUUUGUAUAGCACGCUGGUGGGCGAGCCUGGGGGACGUCACUGUGGACUACAGCAUCUUAUUUCACGGACUCAGUGUUUCUCCUUCGCCGCUGCACAUUAUCGCCUCCGAGGGAGUGACGAGCUUUGAGGUGUCGUCGCCUCUUCGAUACGAGGAGGUGUCCCCGACUAUCACCCUCAAGUCCUGGGUCCAGCCUCUCAGGCCCCUGAGUUCAAAGGUCAAAGCUUUGGGAGCGCGGGACGUUCUGCCCAACAACAGACAGCUUUAUGAAAUCGUCCUCACUUACAGCUUUCACCAGCCUAAGAGUGGAGAGGUCACGCCCAGCUGCCCGAUGCUGUGUGAGCUGCUGUACGAGUCUGAGUUCGACAGUCAGCUCUGGAUGCUGUUCGACCAGAACAAGAGGCUUCUGGGUUCAGGCGACGCCUAUCCACACCAGUACUCUCUAAAGCUGGAGAAGGGGGAUUACACCGUACGGCUGCAGGUCCGCCACGAGCAGUCCAGCGAGCUGGAGCGCCUGAAGGACCUGCCGUUCGUGGUGUCCCACCGUCUGUCCACCACCCUCAGCCUGGACGUGUACGAGACGCACCGCGCCGCGCUCAUGGCCAAGAAGAAGGCGAACUCCGUCACCCUGUGUCCGGGCGCCACGCAGCCGUUCUACGUCACGAGUCUGCCGGACGACAAGGUCCCUAAAGGAACAAGUCCAGGAUGCUACCUUUCAGGAUCUCUCGUUGUGCCCAAGAGCGAGUACGGCAAGAAAGCUGGGCAGGCCUCUGCAAAACGGCAAGGAAAAUUUCAAAAGGUUGGACUCCAGCAACAUCUACGACGAGUUGGUGGAAAACCACUCGGAUUACCUCCCGCUGCACGUUCAAAGACUGCACCAGCUGGACUCAGAGAAGGAGCGUCUGAAGCGUCUGAAGGAGGUGGUGUCGGCGGCAGACAUCGUCAUUUCCCACAUCGAUCAAACCGCCCUCGCCGUUUACCUCAGCAUGAAGACGGACCCUCGACCAGAAGCCGCCUCCAUCAAGACGGACAUGGAGAAGCAGAAGGCGUCUCUGCUGGACGCUCUGUGCAGGAGAGGCUGCGCUCUGGCCGACCAGCUCCUGCUGCCCCCCAACGUGCAGGACCCCAACACCGCCACGGGGCAAGCAUCGGUGGAAGACGCCGGAGAGCAAAUGGCCGGGAGUUCUGACGACGACCUGCAGAACGUGGCAAAAACACUCAUGGACACGUUCUGGGAAGUGCAGAAGUGGGCGGAGCUAACUGACUCCAAGGUUUUAAUGUUUUCGUACAAACACGCCCUGGCCAACAAGAUGUUUGGCCGAGCCUUAAAAUACGCCUCUAAAAUGUUGGAGGAGAAGCCGAGCAAAGAGAACAUGAAGAACUGCAUCCAGCUCAUGCAACACCUGGGAUGGACUCACUACUCCACCUUCAGCGAGAACUGGCUCCCCGUCAUGUACCCUGCAGACUACACACCCUUUUAAACACACAAACAGACACACACACAUAGACGACCGAACCCAGUCCCAGAUAUCACGCCCCUCAGGAACUCGUGGCCCACAACCAGCUGCCUCCCGACUGUUUGUUUGAUUUAUUUAUAUGUUUUAGCGCCAAAAUAAAAGGUUUUUAUUUGAGGGUUGCGAAGAUGAUGGAACCAGAUUUCACCUCCUUUACUCCUUUGCAUCCAARCAACAAAAAAUUUGAGUUAAAAAUGUUUAAAAACUGUCAAAUCCACCCAUCCCAUGCUUUCAGGACUAAUUAUUUGAAUAUUUUUUUAUUUUCUUUGUAAAUACUGUAAAAACCUGACAGUUUGGACACCAGGGAUGCUUCAAAGUCCUUGAAGAAGAACUGGUUUCUGCUUCGGAAAGAGACUUUAAGACGGACCGGAACAAACAGACUCUGCCUGCUGCUUAACGGAACGACCGAACCUUUUCAUUGUUUUUGUUCCUGCCACUUUAAUAGUCCAGUCUUUGUUUGUCUUCACACAUGAAAACAGUGUCGAGGUGCCUUUCUUCAUGUACCUUACCUUUUCUGAUGGGAUGGAAACUGUGAAGAAGCUGCGCGGUUCGGAGCCUCCAGGUGGUUUUUACUCGUCGGCCUCGUGGAUCCGGCGUCAAAGCUGCAGCCGCAGGACUCCUAUUCGUCGARCUGUUCUCAUAAAACCACAUCUCAAGGUGUCUCACUGGGCUUCCACUGGUUGGCCAACAACAUUCGCGAGAUAAACCUUUUUUUUUAAGUGGUCCGACUCUGCCGUAGUUAAUUUUAAAAAUGURUUUAUUGCUUAGCAAACAGGCUGCCAGCAACCCCACAGGUUUGCUUAUCUACAAAAACAGCUGAAGUGGACGAAAAGAGUAACUUUUUAAAUUAUUAAACCUGUGUAACAAAAUAAUGUUCACGACCUAGAAUACAGUUGUGCAAGCCAUCGAUWCUCACAAAAAAGGGUUUGAGUUUCAAAAAUCUGUGGCGUAAAAUGAGGCCACGUGACUCGCUGGUUGUGAUUUCUCAGGAUUUGGAGAGACGGCGGCAGAAAAUUUGUUGAUUUUUCUCACAAUUUUGAGUCUCGAACAGUGGCAGCCUGUUGAGGAAGCAUUUCUGUCAAUCAAAUGAAAAAAAUUGAAUCUCA